ACACAAGCACUCCCAAGUGGACUUACAGACACACUUGAAAGCUCAGGGUCUAAAGAACCAUGAAGGUCCUCGCUGUGCUCGUCCUAGCCGUUUUCACUGGCUGCCAUGCCAACAUCUUCUAUGCUGAUGCCCCCAAGCCACAGCUGGAGGUGAUGACUGAUGCUUUCUGGGUUUACGUUAGAAAAGCCACCCAGACAGCUGAUGACACUGUCCAGAUGAUCAGAAAGUCUCAGUUUGGGCAGGAUGUCAGUGCCCGUCUGACAGACAGUGCCGACCUAGCCAGCAGGUAUGCAGCCAGCAUUCAGGAACAGAUUCCCCAGGACCUGGUUGCCAAAGUCACCACCGAGGCUGAUUUGCUGAAAGAGCGUCUGAUCCAGGACCUGAACACCGUCAAGGAGACGGUGCGGCCCUACACUGAGGACAUGAAGAUCAAGAUCCAGCAGGGAGUGGAGCAGCUGAAACAAGACCUGUCCGCAUACACAGACACAACCCUGGACGCAGAGACCCUGAAGGCCACCCUGCUGCAGAAGAGCGAGGAGCUGAGGGCCAACCUGGAGCAGAGCAUGGAGAACCUGCAGACUCAGAUGGGGCCCGUGGCUGACGACUUGAGGCAGAAGGUGGACCAGCACCUGAAGGACUUCAAGGAGAAAGCAGUGCCUAUUACCGAGAAGGUCCAGAGUGAGCUCACACAGAGAGCCCAGCAGGUGAGCGACAUGGCCACCCCCUACAUUGUUGACUUGAGGGAAAAGCUGGACCCCUACACCCAGGACAUGCAGGCUCGUCUCUCCGCCCUCUAUGAUUCCUUUGUUAAAGGCAACUAAGUAAAUCUCCACCUCACAUUUAACAAUAAGAGACUGCAUCCAAAGACACAAUCCUCUGAUCUCACAUCCCAGGAACAUAUCCAUGCUAGUAUGACAACAUAAAUUCAACUGUAUUGAAAG